AUGCUGACCUGUCGUGCUGCCACGUCAGCAUCGCAGUCCCCUCCUUCGGGUUCGCUCCCAGACCCCUUCCGAGGCAGGCUUCUAGGGCCACCUCCUGCGGACCAGCACUGGUGGGACGGGCUGCUCUUUGCCGGGCCUCUUGUGGUUCGGACCGGGCCUGAGCAGGCGGCUCGGGUGGGCGGCAAGGCAUGGCGGAUGUACUACCAUGGGAGGGACACAGAGGAGUGGGGCAUGGGGGUGGGUGCGCAGCCAGGCACUCCGUUUGGGCGAGUGGGCUUGGCUGUCAGCAGCGAUGGGAUCACGUGGGAGAGGUACCCUGGACCUUUACCCGGAGGAGCUGUUUUUGACCCCUCAGACGACCCGUCAGCGUUUGACAGUGUGCAUGUGGGGUGCAGUGACGUGCUACUCCUACCUGAUGGCACGUGGCUCUUGCUCUACUACGCAGUGGCGUGCAUGUGGGGUGCAGUGGCGUGCAUGUGGGGUGCAGUGGCGUGCAUGUGGGGUGCAGUGGCGUGCAUGUGGGGUGCAGUGGCGUGCAUGUGGGGUGCAGUGGCGUGCAUGUGGGGUGCAGUGGCGUGCAUGUGGGGUGCAGUGGCGUGCAUGUGGGGUGCAGUGGCGUGCAUGUGGGGUGCAGUGGCGUGCAUGUGGGGUGCAGUGGCGUGCAUGUGGGGUGCAGUGGCGUGCAUGUGGGGUGCAGUGGCGUGCAUGUGGGGUGCAGUGGCGUGCAUGUGGGGUGCAGUGGCGUGCAUGUGGGGUGCAGUGGCGUGCAUAUGGGGUGCAGUGGUGUGCAUGUGGGGUGCAGUGGCGUGCAUGUGGGGUGGUUUAGACCCUGGUCGCUUCCCCGCCUGGCCAGCUGGCAAGACGGCACUGGGAGCGCGCAUGCGAUCUGGCGUCGCCACGUCAGCGGACGGGGUGACGUGGCAGCGAGCAAAGGCUCCUUUCCUGGACGUGGGUGACGUGGACAGCUGGGAUGAGCUGGCAGUUUCCUGGCCACGUGUGACUGUGCAGUCCUCAUGGCAGAGCAAGACUGGAGGUUCCAUUGGAGUACCUCACAACGGGUCUAAGUGGGAAGGCAGGACAAGUGAGGGAGGAGAGGAAGGAGGAGAGGGAGGAGGAGGGGGAGUGCAAACGGAGAGGGUAGAGGAUGCGGAAGGAGCGACAGCCAAAGACGCCGUCCUGUCAGAGUUUGCUGACAUGGCGGAUGCGGACUGGCUGCUGACAUACCAAUCUGUGGGCGACCCACACGCCCCUGGCCAUGCCCAUGUAUGGGAGGACGGGGAGGUGGACCGAGUACCAGACUCCCUCCCACAGUACUGCUACACCAUUGGCUCAGCUGCCUUUGAUCCGAGCAAAAAGACAUGGACUAAGAAGGGUUCAUGCAUCCGCAGAGGCUCCAUGGGGGCAUGGGACGAGGCAGGGGCCAACAGGCGCCAUGUGGUGCCCUUGGCUGCUUUUGGCCCAAAGGCCGUUCAGAAAUGGGAGGAGCUGAAAGGACAGAAGGAGCACAGGGAGCAGCAGGAGAAGAAGGAGCAGCAGGGGGGGCAGAAAGAGGAUAUCUGUACAGUAGGUGAAGGCAGUGACCCGCCGGUGCUGCUUAUGUUUUAUGAGGGAGCACGUUAUAAUGGGACGUACUCAAUUGGGCUAGCGUACUCCGUGGACGGAGGGGAGACGUGGGAGAAGGCCCGGCACGUUGGGCCGGAGCCUGGCGGCCCGAUCCUCCAGCCAAGGUUUGGGGAACAGGUUUGGGACAACCUGCUGGUUGGGACUCCCGACUUGAUUGUGGUGGGUGCGAUUGGAGGGGAGGGGAAGAGUGAGGGAGGAGGGGAAGGGGAGAGUGAGGGAGGAGGGGAGGGGAAGAGUGAGGGAGAGGUGGGGAGUGGCAGGAUUCUAAUGUAUUACACUGGGGUUGGGGAGGUGAGUGGAUGCGGGAGGGUGAGGGGGAUAGGAGCAGCAGUGUGGGAAGGUUUAGAGACUGGGGACCUGAGCAAGUGGAGGAGACUGUUAGUGGAUUAG